UUCCAAAAUCGUCGCGAUGUGGAAGUUAUACAGUGUGUCUCUGUGCCUCUCAGUUCUCUGUGGAAUUGUCCAGGAUGUGCUUGGAUCGUGUCAACUUACAAUAGAUAGCAGUAGUCCGCCGUUGAUUGUUAACCGAUUUGGCACCAAAACAAUGCUGUCACAAUCUUCGGGAGUGAUAACAAGAGAUGACGGAGUGUCUAUUCAGUUGUUAUGCGGAGGUGGAGUUACUUACACAGCUAAUACAGGCUACGGUAGAACCACAAAAACAGGAAAAGGUGAAAUGUUAACACUGCAAUGCGGUAGUGAAGGGUAUUUUCACGAUCCAGUCAAUAACUAUGAUGAGAAUUUUCGAGAUCCAGACGAUAACUAUGCGUAUCUUGAAGAACCAGUCAAUAACUACAAUCUACGGGAAUUAAGUGUUGGGUGUCAUGAAGGAAUUUAUCAACUGUUUGAGAGCAACUCCAGUUUGCCCAACUGCGAGGGCGACAUGACCCUCGUUCUGGGUCACGACCUCAAAGAGUUGGGGUCAAAGAACAUUGCGGCUUUAUGCUAUGACAUUGUUGCCUCUCGAUUAAAGUAUAUAGCUUACACGACAUCCUCCGCAAGUAACCUAGUUCUGGGGGCGGAAGUGGGUCAGCUGAAUGAUGUCGAAUUGGAUACCACAGUCAACUACCGCAAGAGUACCUUCAAGCCCGUUCGUCAGACGGAUAUCGAUGCCUACGUGGCGAACGUCGAUCAGCUGGCGGGCUUGUUCGAGUCGGCCAGUCUCGUCCAGGACAACGGAAUGGAAGCGAUGGUGACCGGCUACGAGGACAUGAUGACCACCACCUGGCUGCGCUCCCUGCGCUCCGGCAACUGGCGCCACUGGAUCGCGGCGAUGCGUCUGGCCGCCAGGCGCGGCCUCCACUUCGACGUCCGGCUGGGCGCUUCCGGGGAGCUCCAGCUGCCGCCUUCCAUCGGCAGAGGACCCUGCAACGCCACUCGACCGAUGCUGAUCCCAUUGGCCGGAAGCGUAGGCGGGGAUACGGUGCGGGUGCCCGCCCACAUCUGGGCCCAUGUCCACGCCCUCGAGCCAACUGGCGGUGUUCAGGACGAGUUCGUCAUCGUCGGACACAAUUCGCCCUUCGUGCGCAGCGGCAGCCAGAGCGACUUGUGCUCCUCGAUGUGCGACCAGGUGUCCUGGCUGCAACAGGACAGCCUCUUCGCCAGCCUCCACGAGUUCGCCAUCUACGGUUUAGUGCAUUGCUGUCGCGUGGAGGACGUGGCCACCAAGCUGGACAACUUUCCCGGUCCGUACGCCAAGGAGAAGAACAAACUGGGCGGUGCUCGGGGUGCAGAGCCGCAGGGCCGCGAAUUCGUUGCAAGCACCACGGAUUCGAAUAGUUUGUGAGUGAAACACUAAACUGUUCCACAGAAAAGUGCAGGUUGCAAGAAUUAAUUUGCUGUUUGAAAGAAUAAAAGCAACCAUACAUACAUAUGUAUGUGACAAUCAAUAAACCAUCAAAUUGGCAACCUUG